AUGAUCGCUCAAACUGUCUUCGCUGCUGCUCUCGUCGCCUCUGUUUCAGCUGGCUGGGAAUCCAAGACCGGCUCAUGUAACACUGGAAAACUCUCAUGCUGCGACUUGAACAAGAAGGUCCAAAAGUCAACUGGUGAAGAAUCAGGCCUCCUCCACACCGGCGAUGUUCUCGACCAAAGGGCGAGUAAACGUCUUAAACGCGUUCUCGAAACUAACAAUUCCACAGAUGAGUGCAAGAACACCCCAACCUGUUGUGAGGACGUUAAGGAGGAUGGUCUCGUCGGUGUCAACUGCACUCCAAUCUCCCUCGUUUAA